AUGUCUCCGAAGCUUUCCUUGAAGAUUGCCGAGUACCUCAAGGAGUACGACGAUUACUUCAAAUUGAAGAGAGACGCCGUCGGCACACUUGGUUUCUCAACAACUCAGAAAUACAUGGUAUCUCUCCGGUUGCUUGCUUAUGGAAUUCAUGCCGAUACACAGGAUGACUACCUCCGCAUGGCCGAGUCCAUGGCCAUCGAUUGCAUGUACAGUUACCGUAACGAAGUUAUGGCGGUGUUUAGAGAUAUCUACUUGAGAACACCCACUCCAAAAGACACAAUUCGGAUCUUGGCACAUAACGCAGAAAGAGGAUUCCCAGGAUCAUACAAUGACAUCAAUGUGCUGCAAUGCUCGAAUCUGUUCGCCAAGCUUGUUGAAGGCACUGCUCGUCUGGUAAACUGUGAGAUCAAUGGCGCUCGAUUUUCCAUUGUCCGGUACACUGCUCUCACUUGGUCCAAAGAUCAGAUGUGGAAAGUCAUGGCUGCUUGUGUGAUCAUCCACAACAAGAUCAUUAAGAGCGACCGGGAAUGUCUGGUGUAUGACACUGACCCGUACAAACGGAUGGGUCCUCUAGCCGAUGUUUAUCACCAUGUGCCGGCUGCCUUUGCUGCUUUCCUCGUCUGGCGCUAG